AUGAAGGAAUUCCUGGAUGCUUGCAAAAUCCUGGGGCAAUAUACUCGCAGCCCGUUGACAGCACCGUAUUUGGAGGAAAUCGCAGAAAGCAUCGAUUUCAACAAGGACGGCUUCAUUGACUUGAAUGAAUUACUGGAAGCAUUCCGGCUUGUUGCGCAAACUGUAUGCGAUGAACGUGAUGGCGCGUCGCUGGGCGUUGCUUUGCGCCAGGGCGGUGUGCUCCUCGCCGCGUGCGCUCAAGGGCCACUCCAAGUGGGACAACAUCAAGGAUACCAAGCAAUGGUCAGCAAAACGAAGGCCGCGGAGCAGCUGAUGCACAAAAUGAAGAGGGCAGUGCGAGCGGGCGGCCCGGACCCGAAAUUCAACAAGGACUUGGUGCAGCUACAGCUCGAGUACAGGGCCGCCAACUUCUCGGACGAGGCUUUCCAGCGAGAUUUGAAGCAUUUGCAGGUAAGUAGUGAUGAAUGCGCCUUUUUAUUGUUGUCAGUUCUCCCUCUCACCGUUCUACUAUAG